AUGAUCGCUCAAACGUUUGACGUCAACAAACCUGAAACAUGGCAUAUGGCUGCGGCCAUUGACAAUGAGCUACAAAAUAUGAUCAAAAAUGGAGCAAAGGGGAGGUUCACUGCCGAUACUGAGCAUCUCACCUUAGCGCAAACGCGAGCCAAGUUUGACAGCCUCUUCCAGCAAGAUGCCGAUAUUCUUCGCUCCAAAAUGCAAGAUGAUGUUUCUGAAGAAGAGAUUCAUAUUCCUGUUAGGGACGGAUUCAAAGUCCGAGCGCUUGUCUAUAGUCGCAAGACUGACCAGCCAAAGAUGGAUCACCCUCUUGUUGUGCUUAUUCAUGGCGGCGGCUUCAUUCUUGGCAACGCCGAGAUGGAGAUGCCAACUUGUGUUGAAGCAGUUCGGAGAUACGAUUGCGUUGCUGUGAGUUUGGAGUAUCGGCUUUCUCCAGAAGUCAAGUUCCCAGUUGCUUAUGACGAUUGCUGGGACGCUCUGAUAUGGCUAUCAAAGAACGCGGCUACUCUUCAGGCUGACCCAACGCGUGGUUUUGUCUUUGGCGGGACUUCUGCUGGUUCACAUCUCAGCAUCCCGUUGGCUCACAAAGCUCGGGACACAAAGCUCUCUCCUCCACUCACUGGUCUUUACCAUUGUGUCCCGCCUGCUCUGAUGCCACAAGCACUUACUGACAAGUACAAACCUCUGUAUAACAGCAGAGAACAGCUGAAGGAUGGUAUGGCGCUCACUGCAGAGUCUACAAAGGUAUAUGAUAAGGCUGUCGAACCAGACUUUCCUUCACCACUUUGGAACCCGCUUCUUUGGCCAACGGGACACAGAGGCUUACCCCCUACGUUCUUUCAGAUCUGUGGGGCUGAUCUGUUGAGGGAUGAGGCUUUGAUCUAUGAGAGGGAGCUUCGGCUUGAGAGUCAGGUUAAAACCAGGACGGUUGUGUAUGAGGGCUUGCCGCAUGUGUUUUGGUAUGAUUACCCGACUCAUAGUGCAAGCGCUAGGUUUGCCAAGGAUGCGGCUGAUGGCUUGGGAUGGCUACUUGGACGGGAGAACUAG